AUGGCCGAUUAUGAUGAUGGAAAUCGCGCUUUCCUGCAGGCCUUCAUAGGCCGCUCGUCUAUGACCUUCCAAGAUGCGCAACCUGUCUUGGCUGCGAUUCUGUCAGUCUCUGAAGGCCAAACGGUUGAUCCCUCAGAUAUCGACCAAGAACAAUUUUACUCCUACCUGGAAGCGGCAAACAAAGCGAUUUCGCAAUUCGACCUCGAGAUCAGAAGUUCCAUACCCCAAAACCCACAAUCUACCGAGUCGGAUACCACCCCAACGAUACCAGCUCGAGUCUGGGCACUAGUCAAUACUACGAGUGAUCCUUUGACUCAGCUUGCGACAACGUACACCGCAGACGAGAUUGCAUUCCUCAAAAGGCUUCUCGACUUUAUGUUCCUCACAAAUAACACUGUCCGAAGCGAAGGGAUGUGUGCAAAACAAUUACAAGCGGUGGGACUACAUAAAGCCCCGACUGGCGGACGCCAGUCCACGAGCAACGACCCUUCCCAACCCCAGAGUGCGGCCUCACAGUCCUUGACCAUGACCCAGGCCGAAAAGGUGAUAGUUAAUCUCAUCGCAGAGGGUUGGCUCCAAAAAAGCCAGAAGGGAUACCUCACCCUAACCCCGCGAGCCUUGAUGGAGCUGCGGGGGUGGUUAGUGGCAGAGUACAACGAUGAUAAUGUCACAAGAAUCAAGAAGUGUGCCGCGUGCAAAGAGACAAUCACUGUGGGCCAACGCUGCGCCGUCCUUGAGUGCAAGGGUCGACUGCAUGAUCAUUGUAUGGCCAACUUCUUCCGCAUGAAGCAGUCAGAGACGUGCCCUGUGUGCGACGAGGAAUGGCCUGGAAAUUUCUUUGUAGGUGAGAGAGCGCUGACUGCGACCUCGAGGCCGAGCGGCGUUGCUCCGCGACGGACCCCCGUCCCUAUUCGAUCUUCAGAAGGGGCUUCGACCCAGGCGUCUCCUGCUCCACCCACUCCUCUUGAUGCAAAUCUUGAGAAUAGUGAAGCUGACAGCGGAGAGGAAGAGUGA